UUUAGGGAGCAGAAUGUGUCACAUGAGCUCGCGGUCCCUGGUGCUUUUCAGGGAGCAUGAUGAGCAGCUACAGAAGUAGAGAGGACAGAGUAAGACAGCAGAGGGAUUCAGGAAGAGGAGAAGAAGUCAGGCUCCAAUGUAAGCAGCACAAAAGCUUCUACAACCGACCCAAAAAUGGCGGAUAAUGAAGAUUUUGAUGAUCAGGAGGAGGAGGAGGAGUAUGAAUUCAGCGAGAGUGAGUCCUAUAUGACAACGACUACCACUGGCAAGAGUCAGUUCUUUCAGUCUGGGUUGCCCACCAGGAAAGUCAGGAAGAAGGUCAAGGUGGAUACUUCCAAGUUCAUGACUCCAUACCUGGCCCACAGCCAGAAGAUGCUGGAGCAGUUCAGCCAUAACAAGUACCGCCAGGCGUAUGACAUGUCCAGAGGAGCACCUCCUGCCUUCAUCUCUGACACCCCUGAAAUGAUUCGCAUCAGGAAGGCCCAGGAGCAGCUUAGUGAGGUUAAAUACCGCAUGGAGGGAAUGAAGGCUCGCACAACUAGCUUGUAUGAUGGUGAGGCCAAAGAGGUCACCCACGUCAAGCGUGUAUCUGAACUGAUGAGCAAGGUUUUGUACAGGCAGAAAUGGGACGAGGCUAAGGACAAGUAUCUGCUGCCACCUGAUGCUCCUGAGCUGGUCUUGGCUGUGAAGAAUGCGGCUAACUACAGCAAAAAACUUUACACGGAGGCCUGGGACGAAGAGAAGACCAUGUACUACCCUUACAGCGACAGCCCCGAGCUGCGCAGGGUGGCCAAGGCUCAGGAAGUCCUCAGUGAUGUUCACUAUAAGAAGGGUCAUGACCAGCGCAAGGCCAAGUACACCUCCUUGGCUGAUCCUCCUGAGGUGGAGCUGGCCAAGAGAGUGGCCCAUCAGCGCAGUGAUCUUAAGUACAAGGAAGAUUACAAUAAAAAAGUGAAGGGUCAAUGGUGUGAGACGCCCUACUUCGACGUGGCCAUUGCCAGGGUGGCGAUGGACAAUCUCAGCGAUAGAAAAUACACACAAACCUACGAGAAUGAAAAAGACCAAAUUUAUUUCAUGCAAACAGACACGCCUGUAUACGAGACAAACAAGAAGGCUCGUAUUGCUGCUAGUGAGGUCCAAUACAAGAAGGAUUAUGAGAAGACAAAAGCACAGUGUGACUACAACACCCUCCCCGCCACAGAGAAUCCUCUUCUGAGACAGCUCAGAUAUGCUGGCACCAUCCUCAGUGAUAAAGUAUAUAAGGCCAGCUAUGAGAAGUCAAGGGGGUUCAGCAUCAACUAUUGUGAUACACCCAAGUUUCAGAUGGACUCCGUACUUAAAAAGUUCACUGACGCACGCUACACAGAAAAGUAUGACAAUGAGGUGAAGGGCCACUACAUCGGCAGCUAUGAGGACCUCUAUAUGCUUCACUGCCAGAAAGUGGAGGAAAUGAAGAAUGAACAAUUAUAUAAAGCUGAGUAUGACGACAUAAAAACUAGAUGCUUCUUCCCUCAAACAAUUACGCCUGAAUAUGAAGCCACAAAGAAACUUCAGCAGUGUAAUGAUAAAGCUUACCGCCAACAUCCAGACACGGUGAAAUUUACGCAAGUGACGGAUUCGCCUGUUAUGGUUCAAGCCGCCAUUAACGCCAAGCAGCUAAGUGACUUGAACUACAAGGCAAAGCACGAGGAAACCAAGUUCAAGUGUUAUGUGCCGCCAGACUCUCCCUUCUUCAUCCAGUCCAGAGUAAAUGCUUUUAACCUCAGUGAUAGCUGUUAUAAGUAUGAUUGGGAGAAAUCUAAAGCAAAAAAGUUUGAGGUCAGGGGCGAUGCCAUCUCAAUCCUUGCUGCCCGUGCUCACACAAACAUUGCCAGUGAUGUUAAAUAUAAAAAGGAGUAUGAGAAGAACAAGGGACAGAUGGUUGGAGCCCUGAGCAUUAAUGAUGAUCCCAAAAUCUUGCACUCCGUUCAUGUGGCCAAAAUCCAGAGUGAUCGUGAAUAUAAAAAGGACUAUGAAAAGAUAAAGACCAAGUACCACACUCCACUGGAUAUGAUGUCAGUCACCUUGGCCAAGAAAUCCCAGGCCAUUGCCAGCAUGGCUAAGUACAGGAGCAUCAACCCCAACUACUUCCUUCCGUACGAUAGUAUUCUGCUGCAACUGGCCAAGCAAGCCAACACCAUACAGAGUAAUAAUGAGUACAAGUCUGACUACAACAACUUUACCAAGGGUACCCCGUGGGUCCCCUUUGGCUCCAUGGAGGUGGAAAAGGCGAAGAAAGCUGGUGAGAUCCUUAAUGAGAAAAAAUACAGGCAACACCCGGACACCAUCCCCUUCACUGCUAUUGAUGACCACCCCAUCAUGAUGCAGGCCAAAGUCAAUCAGCUUCAGAGGAGUGAUCGGUUCUACAAGAGAGGUCUUGAGGAAAUCCAUCAGAAGUACUCUCUGCCUCCUGACGUCCCGGAGUUCAUUCAGGCCAAGUGCAAUGCCUACAACAUCAGCAAGAACUACUACAAGUAUGCCUGGGAGGAGUUGAUUGCUAAGGGAUAUGACUUGAAGCCCGAUGCCAUCUCUGUUGUUGCUGCCAAAGCAGCCAGACAUGCUGCAAGUAAUGUCCAAUAUAAAAAGGCCUAUGAGAAGGCCAGAGGCCACCAUGUUGGUUUCCGCAGCCUCCAGGAUGAUCCUCUGCUGGUUCACUACAUGGAGGUGGCUAAGAUGCAGAGUGACAAGAACUACAAGAAGGACUACCACAAAGUCAAGCUGAAGUAUCACUCCCCAGUGGAUAUGAUGAGUUUAGCUCAUGCUAAACAUGCCUCUGCAGUGCAGACAUUUGCUGGCUACAAGAAGCUCCACCAUAAUUACUGUCUUCUGCCUGACUCCAUGGGUCUGGAACUUGCUCGCAGCAUGAACUACAAUUCCAGUGAUUUCAACUAUAAACUGGAUUAUGAGAGCUCAGUUAAGGGAACUGGCUGGGUUCCAAUCGGUUCCCUGGAGGUGGAAAAAGCCAAGGCAGCAGCAGCAGCUAUGGAUGAGAAAAAAUACAGACAGCACCCUGACACCCUUAAAUUCACCAGUACCACUGACUCCAUGAGCAUGGAGCUGGCCAAGGCCAACGCCAAGAUCAUGAAUGUGAAAGAGUACAAAGCCAGUGGAGAGAAAUUCAUGCACACCUACCAUCUCCCUCCUGAUGCCCCUGAACUGUUGCAAGCCAAAUAUAAUGCUGUCAGCAUCAGCCAGAAUUAUUAUACUUAUGCUCAUCGUCAAGACCUGCUCAAAGGACAUCAUGUGAAGGAAGAUGCUAUUCCCAUUGUUGCAGCCAAGUCUUCAAGAGACAUUGCCAGUAAUUACAAGUACAAGCUGGCUUAUGAGAAGGCCAAAGGCCACCAUGUUGGCUUCCGCAGCCUCCAAGACGACCCUCUGCUGGUCCACUACAUGGAGGUGGCUAAGAUGCAGAGUGACAAGAACUACAAGAAGGACUACCACAAGGUCAAGCUGAAGUAUCACUCCCCAGUGGAUAUGAUGAGUGUGGUUCAUGCCAAGCAGGCCUCUCGUGCUCAGACCAUGGUUGGAUACAGGAAGAUCCCUCACAGCUUCUUCCUUCUACCGGACAACAUGCACCUGCAGCUGUGUCGCACCAUGAUGGAGAUUCAGAGUGAUAAUGUCUACAAGUCCGAUUACUCCAACUACUGCAAAGGUCUUGGGUGGGUUCCUAUUGGUUCUCUGGAUGUUGAGAAAGCCAAAGCAGCCAAAUCUGCACUAGAUGAAAGAGGCUACCGCCAGCAUCCCAGCAAUUUCAAAUUUACAAGCAAGACUGAUGCCAUGAACAUGACUCUGGCUAUGACCAACACAAAGCAGCUGGACCAAGCUGCCUACAAGGCCUCUGGUGAGAAGUUCAUGCACACCUAUAAUCUGCCAGCUGACUCUCCAGAGUUCCUCCAGGCUAAAUUCAAUGCCCAGACGCUUAGCGAGAGUCACUACAAGCACAAGUGGUUAGAAGACAUUGCCAAGGGAUAUGACAUGAAGCCUGAUGCUAUUCCUAUCUUGCACGCCAAGCAAGGCAGGCAUAUUGCCAGCAAUGUGCAAUAUAAGAAAGACUAUGAGAAGGCCAGAGGCCACCAUGUUGGCUUCCGCAGCAUCCAGGAUGAUCCUCUGCUGGUCCACUACAUGGAGGUGGCUAAGAUGCAGAGCGACAAGAACUACAAGAAGGACUACCACAAAGUCAAGCUGAAGUAUCACUCACCAGUGGACAUGAUGAGUGUGGUCCACGCCAAACAGGCCUCUCGUGCUCAGACUUUUGCUGGUUACAGAAAGAUCCCUCAUAACUACCUGCUUCUUCCUGACAACAUGCACCUGCAGCUGUGUCGAACCAUGAAUGUGCAGUCAAGUGAUUGUGAUUACAAAUCUGACUGGAACAACUUUGUCAGAGGUAUUGGAUGGGUCCCUAUUGGCUCCCUUGCAGUUGAAACUGCUAAAGUUGGUGGUGACAUUCAGAGUGAGAAGAAGUACCGCACUCAUCCAUCAAACUUCAAGUUCAGCAAACUGAUGGACUCCAUGGAUGUGGUGUUGGCUACUGCCAACAACCAGAUUAUGAACAAGAAAGCGUACACUGCAGCGUGGGAAAAGGACAAACUGACCGUCCACGUUAUGCCAGAUUCUCCUGAGAUUGUACUGGCCAAGGCUAAUGCUCUAACCAUGAGCAAUAAACUUUACAAAGCCGGCGUUGUGGAGAUGGCCAACAAAGGCUACAACCUCAAAGCAGAUGCCAUCUCUAUUCAAGCUGCCAAGUCUGGUACCACUAUUGCCAGUAACUACAAGUACAAGCUGGCUUAUGAGAAGGCCAGAGGCCACCAUGUUGGCUUCCGCAGCCUUCAGGAUGACCCCCUGCUGGUUCACUACAUGGAGGUGGCUAAGAUGCAGAGUGACAAGAACUACAAGAAGGACUACAACAAGUCCAAGCUAAAGUAUCACACCCCAGUGGACAUGAUGAGUGUGAUCCAUGCCAAGCAGGCCUCUGCUGCUCAGACCAUGACUGGAUACAGGAAGAUCCAGCACAGUUACGCUCUCCUCCCUGAUGCUAUGAACCUAGUGCUUGCUCGUACCGUGAACUCCCAGUCUAGUGAUUGGGAAUACAAGUCUGAUUGGAAUAACUUUGUCAGAGGUAUUGGAUGGGUCCCUAUUGGUUCACUGGGAGUUGAGACUGCUAAAGUUGGUGGUCAAAUUCUGAGUGACCAUAAGUACCGCACCCAUCCCUCUAACUUCAAGUUCAGCAAACUGAUGGACUCCAUGGACGUGACUUUGGCUACUGCCAACAACCAGAUCAUGAACAAGAAAGCGUACACUGCAGCAUGGGAAAAGGACAAACUGACCGUCCAUGUCAUGCCAGAUUCUCCCGAGAUCGUCCUUGCUAAGGCUAAUGCUAUCAACAUGAGCAAUAAACUUUACAAAGCUGGUGUUGUUGAGAUGGCUAAUAAGGGCUACAACCUCAAAGCAGAUGCCAUCCCCAUUCUGGCUGCCAAGUCCGGUACCACCAUUGCCAGUAAUUACAAGUACAAGUUGGCUUAUGAGAAGGCCAGAGGCCACCAUGUUGGCUUCCGUAGCAUCCAGGAUGAUCCUCUGCUGGUCCACUACAUGGAGGUGGCUAAGUUGCAGAGCGACAAGAACUACAAGAAGGACUACCACAAGUCUAAGCUGAAGUAUCACUCCCCAGUGGACAUGAUGAGUGUGGUUCAUGCCAAGCAGGCCUCUCGUGCUCAGACCAUGACUGGAUACAAGCAGAUCAUCUCCCACUACACCGUGAUGCCUGAUGCCAUGAAUCUGGAACUGGCUCGUAACAUGCAGUUCAUUGCCAGUGAUAACCAGUACAAGAGUGAGUAUGAUCACUACUUUAAAGGAAUUGGAUGGGUUCCUAUUGGAUCGCUGGAUGUAGAGAAAGCAAAAAUGGCUGGACAGGCCUUGAAUGAAAAACAAUACCGUCAACAUCCUAGCAACUUUAAAUUCACCAAAGACAUGAACUCUAUGGACCUGGUGCUCGCCACUACCAACAACCAGAUUAUGGAUAAGAAAUCCUACCUGAAAAACUGGGAAAAAGACAAGACUACUAUCCACAUCAUGCCUGAUGCAAUGGACAUUGUUCUGGCCAGAGGAAACAAGAAAAUCUACAGUGAGAAACAGUACAAAUUGGAUAAUGAGCUGUCCAAGAAGAAGGGUCACAAUCUUCGUGGUGACGCCAUUCCAGUCCAGGCUGCUAAAGCCUCUACUGCCAUUGCUAGUGAUUUCAAGUACAAAACAGGAUACCGUAAGCAGGUCGGCCACCACAUUGGUGCUCGUAGCAUCCAGGACGAUCCUCUGCUCAUGCUGGCUCUGAACUCAGCCAAGAUUGCCAGUGAUGCUCUGUACAAGAAGGACUUCAACAAAUCAAAGACCAAGUUCCACCUUCCAGUGGACAUGAUGGCCUUUGAGCUGGCCAAGAAAAACCAGAUUCAGGUCAACCACGCCAACUACAUCACCCGUCUGCACAAUUGGACUUGUCUGCCAGACUCCAAUGAUGUGGUCCAAGCCAGACAUGCAUAUGACCUGCAGAGUGAUGCUGUUUACAAGGAGGAGCUGAAGGUGCUGCAGGGCAUUGGAUGGGUGCCUAUAGGUUCACUGGAUGUUGAGAAGGUGAAGAAAGCUGGUGAGAUCCUGAGUGACAACAAGUAUCGGCAACACCCAAGCAACUUCAAGUUCAAAAGCACUACUGAGGACAUGCCUAUGGUGUUAGCGAAGGCCAAUGCCCAGGUUAUGAACAAGAAAACUUACAUAGAUGCCUGGGAGAAAGACAAGACUACCAUCCAUGUCAUGCCCGAUGCCAUGGAAAUUUUGCUGGCCAAAGCAAACAAAGUCAACUACAGUGUGAAAGCGUACAAACAGGCAAAUGAAGAGGCUAAGAAGAAGGGAUACGACCUGCGUAACGAUGCCAUUUCCAUAAUUGCAGCAAGAGCCUCCAGGGAUAUCGCCAGUGAUUUCAAGUACAAGACAGGUUACCGUAAGCAGGUCGGCCACCACAUUGGCGCUCGCAGCAUCCAGGACGAUCCUCUGCUCAUGCUGGCUUUGAACUCAGCCAAGAUUGCCAGUGAUGCUCUGUACAAGAAGGACUUCAACCAGUCCAAGACCAAGUUCCACCUGCCAGUGGACAUGCUGGCCUUUGAGCUGGCCAAGAAGAACCAGAUUCAGGUCAACCACGCCAACUACAUCACCCGUCUGCACAAUUGGACUUGUCUGCCAGACUCCAAUGAUGUGGUCCAGGCCAGACAUGCAUAUGACCUGCAGAGUGAUGCUGUUUACAAGGAGGAGCUGAAGGUGCUACAGGGCAUUGGAUGGGUGCCUAUAGGUUCAUUGGAUGUUGAGAAGGUGAAGAAAGCUGGUGAGAUCCUGAGUGACAACAAGUAUCGGCAACACCCAAGCAACUUCAAGUUCAAAAGCACUACUGAGGACAUGCCUAUGGUGUUAGCGAAGGCCAAUGCCCAGGUUAUGAACAAGAAAGCUUACGUUGAAGCCUGGGACAAUGAGAAAUCAAAGAUCCACAUCAUGCCUGAUGCUAUGGAUGUCCUUCUGGCCAAAGCAAACAAUGUCAACUACAGCUUGAAAAAGUACAAGCAGGCAAAUGAAGAUGCCAAGAAGAAGGGCUACGAUCUCCGUAAUGAUGCCAUUUCCAUCAUUGCAGCCAGGGCCUCCAGGGACAUUGCCAGUGAUUUCAAGUACAAAACAGGAUACCGUAAGCAGGUCGGCCACCACAUUGGUGCUCGUAGCAUCCAGGACGAUCCUCUGCUCAUGCUGGCUUUGAACUCAGCCAAGAUUGCUAGUGAUGCUCUGUACAAGAAGGACUUCAACAAAUCAAAGACCAGGUUCCACCUGCCAGUGGACAUGCUGAGUCUUGAACUGGCCAAGAAAUGCCAGAUUCAGGUCAACCACGCCAACUACAUCACCCGGCUGCACCAAUGGACUUGUCUGCCAGACUCCAAUGAUGUGGUCCAGGCCAGAGUUGCAUAUGACCUGCAGAGUGAUGCUGUUUACAAAGAGGAGCUGAAGGUGCUGCAGGGCAUUGGAUGGGUGCCUAUAGGUUCAUUGGAUGUUGAGAAGGUGAAGAAAGCUGGUGAGAUCCUGAGUGACAACAAGUAUCGUCAGCACCCAAGCAACUUCAAGUUCAAAAGCACUACUGAGGACAUGCCUAUGGUGUUAGCGAAGGCCAAUGCCCAGGUUAUGAACAAGAAAUCUUACAUUGAAGCCUGGGACAAUGAGAAAACAAAGAUCCACAUCAUGCCUGAUGCUAUGGAUGUUCUUCUGGCCAAAGCAAACAAUGUCAACUACAGCUUGAAAGCAUACAAACAGGCAAAUGAAGAUGCCAAGAAGAAGGGCUAUGAUCUCCGUAAUGAUGCCAUUUCCAUCAUUGCAGCCAGGGCCUCCAGGGACAUUGCCAGUGAUUUCAAGUACAAGACAGGAUACCGUAAGCAGGUCGGCCAUCACAUUGGUGCUCGUAGCGUCCAGGACGAUCCUCUGCUAAUGUUGGCUCUGAACUCAGCCAAGAUUGCCAGUGAUGCUCUGUACAAGAAGGACUUCAACAAGUCCAAGACCAAGUUCCACCUUCCAGUGGACAUGAUGGCCUUUGAGCUGGCCAAAAAGAACCAGAUUCAGGUCAACCACGCCAACUACAUCACCCGACUGCACAACUGGACUUGUCUGCCAGACUCCAAUGAUGUGGUCCAGGCCAGACAUGCAUAUGACCUGCAGAGUGAUGCUGUCUACAAAGCUGACCUGAAGUGGCUCCAGGGCCUGGGCUGGGUCCCCAUUGGCUCACUUGAUGUAGAAAAAACCAAGAAGGCCGGAGAGAUUUUGAGUGAUAUGAAAUACCGCCAGCACCCCAGCACUGUUCCAUUCACUAGCCCCAUCGAUGCCAUGAAUAUUGUGCUGGCAAAGAAUAAUGCUCAGACCAUGAACAAGCGUCUCUAUAUUGAGGCAUGGGAGAAGGACAAGACCCAGCUCCAUAUUAAACCCGACACUCCUGAGAUCGUCCUCUCGCAGCAAAAUGCGAUCAACAUGAGCAGGAAACUAUACAGACAAGGUUUUGAGGAGACCAUCAGCAAAGGCUAUUUCCUACCUUCAGAUGCAAUCUCUGUGAAGAGUGCUAAGGCCUCCAGGGACAUCGUCAGUGAUUAUAAGUACAAGACAGGAUACCGUAAGCAGGUCGGCCACCACAUUGGUGCUCGCAGCGUCCAGGAUGAUCCUCUCAUCAUGCUGGCUCUGAACUCAGCCAAGAUUGCCAGUGAUGCUCUGUACAAGAAGGACUUCAACAAGUCCAAGACCAAGUUCCACCUUCCAGUGGACAUGCUGAGUCUUGAGCUGGCCAAGAAAUGCCAGAUUCAGGUCAACCACGCCAACUACAUCACCCGGCUGCACCAAUGGACUUGUCUGCCAGACUCCAAUGAUGUGGUCCAGGCCAGGAAAGCCUAUGACCUUCAGAGUGAUGCCGUGUAUAAAGCUGACUUGGAUGAGAUUGUCGGUGUAGGAUGGGUCCCCAUAGGUUCGCUUGAUGUGGUAAAAGCCAAGAAUGCUUCGAAAAUUCUCAGCGAUCGUCUCUAUAAGCAGAAACCAGACACUCUGAAGUAUACGACUGAUAUGACUUCCAUGCCUAUGGUCUUAGCCAAAUCAAAUGCUGAGAUCAUCAACAAGAAAAACUACAUUGCUGCUUGGGAAGCUGAUAAAAUCAAGACUCAUGUGACCCCUGACCUGCCCGAGCUGUUGCUUUCCAAAGCUAAUGCGUAUAAUAUCAGCAUUAAACAAUACAGGGAAGAGGUUGAGAAGAUCUUCAGAAAGGGUUACGAUCUUAAGGCCGAUGCCGUCUCUGUUGUUGCUGCCAAGCAUGCAAGAAACAUAAUCAGUGAUUACAAAUAUAAGACAGGAUAUCGUAAGCAGGUUGGUCACCACAUUGGAGCCCUCAGUGUCAAUGAUGACCCUCUGAUUGUGUUGGCUCUGAAUUCAGCCAAGAUUGCUAGUGAUGCUUUGUACAAGAAGGACUUCAACAAGUCCAAGACCAAGUUCCACCUUCCAGUGGACAUGCUGAACCUUGAGCUGGCCAAGAAAUGCCAGAUCCAAGUCAAUGAUUUCAACUACAGAACUCAUCUGCACAACUGGACCUGUCUGCCGGACUCCAACGAUGUGGUGCAAGCCAGAAAGGCAUAUGACCUGCAGAGUGAUGCUGUGUACAAGGCUGACAUGGAAUGGGUCAAAGGAAUGGGAUGGGUGCCAAUUGGUUCGCUUGACGUGGAGAAAGCCAAGAAAGCAGCGGAGAUUCUGAGUGAGCGGAAGUACCGUCAGCAUCCCAGCAAGUUCAAGUUCACUGCCAAGACAAGUGACAUGCCAUAUGCCCUCGCUCAGGCCAAUGCCCAGAUCAUGGACAAGAAAGCAUACAUUUCUGCCUGGGAGAAGGAUAAGGUCAACCUCCACAUCAUGCCUGAUACCCCAGAGAUUCUCCUGGCCCAGCAGAAUAAACUCAACACCAGUCUGAAAUAUUAUCGUGAAGGUUUUGUGGACACCAUCAACAAGGGCUAUUUCCUUCCCAAAGAUGCAAUUUCUGUUUUGUCAGCCAAGGCCUCCAGAGACAUCGUCAGUGAUUACAAAUACAAGGCAGGUUUCCGCAAGCAAUGUGGCCAUCACAUCGGUGCCCUCAGUGUCAAUGAUGACCCACUAAUCAUGCUGGCUGCUAAUGCAGCCAAGAUCUCCAGCGACAACAUCUACAAGAAGGACUUCAACAAGACCAAGACCAAGUACAACCUACCAGUAGACAUGCUGACAAUUGAACUGGCCAAGAAAUGCCAGCAGCAAGUGAAUGACUUCAACUACAGGACUCACUUGCACCAAUGGACGUGCCUGCCAGACUCCAGUGAUGUGGUUCAGGCUAGAAAGGUGUACGACUUGCAGAGUGAUGCUGUGUACAAAGCUGAUCUGGAGUGGCUGAAGGGAUGCGGCUGGUCACCUCAUGACUCUGUGGAUGUCGUCAAAGCUAAAAAUGCCAUGACCAUUCUCAAUGAUAGGCUCUACCGCCAGCACCCGAGCACUGUCAAGUUCACCAGCGUUGUCGACCUACCGGCUAUUGUUUUGUCCAAGCAGAAUGCUGAAAACAUCAGUGAUAGGAAAUAUAGGGAGGUCUGGGAUAAAGACAAGCUCAUCAUCCACCUGCCAUCUGACACCCCCACCUUUACACUGUCCAAGGCCAAUGCUGUUGCUAUCAGCAACAAACUGUACACAAAGGCAUGGGAUGACCAAAAGGCCAAAGGUUACCAUAUCAAGGAGGAUGCUAUCUCUGUGCUAAAGGCCAGAGCUUCCAGAGAUAUCAUCAGCGAUUACAAGUACAAAGCAGGAUACCGUAAGCAGGUCGGUCAUCACAUUGGUGCCCGUAACGUCGAGGAAGACCCUCUCAUCAUGCUGGCUCUGAACUCAGCCAAGAUUGCCAGUGAUGCUCUAUACAAGAAGGACUUCAACAAGUCCAAGACCAAGUUCCACCUUCCAGUGGACAUGCUGAACCUUGAGCUGGCCAAGAAAUGCCAGAUCCAAGUCAAUGAUUUCAACUACAGAACUCAUCUGCAUCAGUGGACUUGUCUGCCAGAUUCUAAUGAUGUAGUGCAAGCCAGAAAGGCCUACGAUCUCCAGAGCGACGCUGUGUACAAAGCUGAUUUGGAGUGGUUACGGGGAUGUGGAUGGAUACCACAUGAGUGUGUGGACGUUGUAAAGGUGAAGAAUGCACAGAAGGUCCUGGCUGACAGAGGUUACCGCGUAAAGUUGGAUGAACAGAAAUACACAGUUCCAACUGACAGAGUUGACUUGGUCUGUGCCAAGAAUGCUGCUGAGGUCCUGAAUGAGGCUAAAUAUCGCGAGGUCUGGCACCGGGAGAAGACCAAUUACACACUGACCGACACUCCAACUCUUGCCACAGCCAGGGAGGUGGCUAAGAACAUUCACCCGAAACUGUACACCAAAGACUGGGACAAAGUCAAAGCUACAGGAUACUUUAUGCCUGGAGAUGCUGUGCCAAUUAAACAAUGCAUCCUUACAAGUAAAGUGCAAAGUCAGCAUAAGUACCUGGAGUCAUACCGCAAGCAGGUUGGCCAUCACAUUGGUGCCCGCAACGUUGAGGAAGACCCUCUGAUUAUGUUGGCUCUGAACUCAGCCAAGAUUGCCAGUGACGCUCUGUACAAGAAGGACUUCAACAAGUCCAAGACCAAGUUCAACCUGCCAGUGGACAUGCUGCAGUUUGAGCUGGCCAAGAAAUGCCAGAAGCAAGUCAAUGAUGACCUCUAUAGAACUCGCCUGCACCAGUGGACUUGUUUACCAGACCAGAAUGAUGUAAUCCAGGCUCGCAAAGCCUAUGAUCUGCAAAGCAGUGUCGUGUAUAAGGCUGACCUGGAAUGGCUUCGGGGCUGCGGCUGGGUGGCAGCCGACUCUGUUGACCACGUCAAGGUCAAGAAGGCCCAGGAGAUUCUCAAUGAUAGAUUCUACAAAAAGGGUGCCAAAGAAGCCUUCGCAAACUUCACCCUGAUUGUGGACCGCCCUGAGAUCCUUUUGGCUAAGACUAAUGCUGCCAACCUCAGUGAUCUGAAGUACAAAGAGACUUUCAAUGCAGAAAAGGGUCAUUACAUUGGUUCAGAAGAUACUCCUCAGCUGGCCCACAGCAGGGAGGCGGCUAAGAUCAUCAGUGAGAAACUUUACAAAUUUGAUUGGGACAAGACUAAGGCUACAAGCUACCAGCUGAACCAUCAAUACAUCCCACUGUUGAGUGGCAAGAAGGGCAGGGAGAUUGCUAGUGAUGUCAAGUACCAUGAACAUCAUGAGAAGGCUAAGGGUCACUACAUGGCUGGAACCCUUGUGGACUUCCCUGAGGUGGUGCGCUGUGGACAGCAAGAGAAGAACAAGGGACUGAGACUGUACCAGAAGGACUAUCAUCAGAGCAAGACCAAGUGCCACCUCCCACCCGACAUCAUUGCUAACCAGGUUGCUAAGCGUUGCCAGGACAUGCUGAGCGAUGUCCUCUACCGCACCUACCUGCACCAGUGGACCUGCCAUCCUGACCAGGAGGACGCCAUUCGUGCCCGCAAGACUAAUGAGAUCCUCAGUGAUGUGUUCUACAAGGAUGACCUGAACUGGAUGAAGGGUAUCGGUUGCUAUGCCUGGGACACACCAGAGAUUGUGCGUGCCAAGAAAUCCUACGAGCUACAGAGUGAUCUCAAAUACAGAGUUGAAGCCAAGAAAGAGUUCAGCAACUUCUCCAUUGUGACAGACACUCCAGUUUAUGUGACUGCUGUCCUGGGCCACACUUGGGCCAGUGAUCUCAAUUACAGGGAGGCAUAUCAUAAGGAUAAGCACAUGUACACCACCGUUCUGGACACCUACGAUUACGCCAGAUGCCACAACUUCAAAUACUUCUUCAGCAACAAAAACUACACUGCUGCCUGGGACAAGAUCAAAGCAAAGAGCUACCAGAUUCCACAUGACUCUCAUGCAUUGCAGCACGCUAAAUACCAAAAAACUGUUCUCAGUGGUGUGAAGUACAAGGAGGAUUAUGAGAAGUUCAAAUCCCUCUACAGUCUUCCCAAGUCGCUUGAGGACGAUCCUGCCACUGCUCGUUGUGUCAAAGCUGGAAAGCUGGUCCUUGAUCGUCUGUACAGGGAAAACUAUGAAAAGACCAAAGCCAAGAACCACAUCCCUCCUGACAUGCUGGAGAUCCUGUCUGCACGUAACACCCAGUCCACCGUCAGUGGUAUCAACUACCGCAAGUAUCUGCACCAGUGGAUCUGCUUGCCUGACAUGCAGGUGUACGUCCAAGCUCGCAAAGUCAAUGAGCAGCUCAGCGAUAUCUUCUACAAGGACGAUCUGAACUGGCUGAAGGGUAUUGGCUGCUAUGCCUGGGACACACCAGAGAUCCUGCGUGUCAAGCAUGCUGGUAACCUCCAGAGUGAGUUCAAGUACAGAGCCAAAGGUAUCGAGGCUUUCAAGGAGUAUUCUGUGGUGACAGACACUCCAGUGUAUGAGACAGCCAAGCAGAACGCUCAGAACCUCAGUGAUCUUCAUUACCGCUAUGACUACAACGCCAAUGUCAAGGGCACCAGCACUUCUCCUGCUGUUACCAUUGAAACCGAAAGAGCCCGCCUUGCCAACUACAUCCAGAGUGAUAACUGGUACAAGGAGGCCAACAAGCAGAACAUGCCCACCGGUUACUCGCUGCCCAGUGACACCCCGCUCAUCAAGCAGGUUAAGCUGAACAGUGUUGUUGCCAGCAACGUGAAAUACAAGGAGGCCUAUGAGAUGAUGAAGGCUAAGGCCUACACUCUUCAUCCAGAGGGUGUCCACUUUGUCAAUAUCAGGAACGCUAACAAGAUCACCAAUGAGCGUCUGUAUCGUGAGGACUACCAGAAACAAAAGGACAAGAUCCACACAACCUAUGACACCCCUGAUAUCAGACAAGUCAAGAUGAACCAGGAGCACCUCAGUGAUUUGUGGUACAAAGAGAAAUACAACAACACCAAGGGCCAGCUGAUUUCUAUGCCCAUAACUCCCGAGCUCAUGCACUGCUACCACGUCAAUGAGAUCACCAGCGACCUGAGAUACAAAGAAGAUCUGAUGUGGCUGAGAGGCGUCGGCUGCUUCCUGUAUGACACUCCAGAGAUGGUCCAUGUCCGCAACAUUACCAAGCAGAGGGUGAACUACCCAGUGGAGGCUAAGAAGAACCUCGCUAACUUCUCCGUGGUCCUGGACACACCAGAGUAUAAUCGGGUGACUGAGCUGAAGACACACAUGAGCGGUCGCAUCUACAAAGCCCAGAGUAAGCAGGACAUGGCUAAAGUUACCACCACUGUGGACUCUGUGGAGAUUCAGAGAGCCAAGUGGGCCCAGCAGCUCACCAACAAGUACCUGUACACAGAUCUGGCUGCUAAAGAGAGAGCUCAUUUCACGCCAGAAUUGGAAACUCCAGGCAUUGGCCAUGCCAGAAAAAUGAAAGUGGUCUGCAGUGAUAACAAAUACAAAGAGCAAUAUGAGAAGAUGAAGCACAGGUACACCGCCAUUGCCGACACACCUCACCUGAUCCGUGCCAAAAAAGCCUACCUACAGUCAAGUGAUCUGCGCUAUAAGGAAACCUUUGAGCUUUCCAAGGGCCACUACCGUACAGUCAAGGAUGCUCUGGACAUCAUCUACCACCGCAGAGUGACUGAUGACAUCAGCGAGGUUAAAUACAGGGAGAAGUAUAUUAACAGUCUGGGUACAUGGAAGUCCAUCCCUGACCGUCCUGAGUUGUUCUUCAGCAGAAUUGUCAACGAUAACGUCAGCAACGUCAAGUACAAGGAGGACCUGGAGUGGCUGAGGGGUAUUGGCUGCUUUGUGUGGGACACACCUGACCUGGUACAGGCUGAGAGGAACAAGCAGCUGUACAGUGAGAGACUGUACAAAACCUCCUAUGAGAAGAACAGAGGCAACUUCAAGUAUACCUGUGACACUCCGUUCUUCCAGGCCGCCAAGAAUGCCUCCAUUCUCAUCAAUGAUGGAAUGUAUAAAUCCAGAGCAAAGGAUCUACUCCGGAGUGGCUGCAAUGAGCUACUCCGCCCUGACAUCCUCACAGCCCUUUACCAGUCCACUAUGGGCAGUAAGUGGAGGUACAGGGAGCAGUAUGAACGUGCCAAAGACAAAUUUACUUCUGUUCUGGAGACCCCCGAGUAUGAGGCCCACAAACGCAGCAAGAAGAUCAGUGAUAUCAUCUACAAGAUGGAGUACAACAAGACCAAGGCUAAGGGAUACACUCUGCCUUAUGAUACUCCACACCAAAACCACAUGAAGAAAGUCAAGGAGAUCACCAGCAAUCUGAAGUACAAAGAGGUAUAUGAGAAGAGCAAGGCCCAGAUCAACAUGGACCCUGAGGCUCAUGAGAUUCGCGCUGCCAAGGAGGCCUACAGGAACAUCAGCAAUCUUGACUACAAGAAGAAAUAUGAAGAAACCAAAAACAAGUGGAUCUGGACUUCGGACAGACCUGAUUUUGUCAACGCUGCCAAAAACACUAUGCAACAGAGUGAUGUUGAGUACAAGUAUGACAAAGAGAUAAUGAAGGGCUGUGUGAUACCUGUGGCUGAUGACAAGUACACAAUCCUGUACAAGAAGAACACUGAGAUGGCCAGUGAUGUGAAGUACAAAGAGAAGUAUGAAAAAUCAAAGGGCCAGUACGUCCCUGUUUUGGAUACUCCUCAGAUUCUCCAUGCCAAGGCUGUGCGUACUUUGGCAUCAGAGAGCAAAUACAAAGAGGCCAGUAAGAAGGUCAUGCAGUCAGGCUCAUUCACCACCCUGUCUGAGACUCGUGACACUGCCCACAGCAAGGAGAUCAACAAGCUUGUCAGCGGGAAACUGUACAAAGCCAAGUUUGAGAAGGAAAAGGGCAAGUCAGUGUAUAACAACAUGAUUGUGCCACCUGAUGUUCAGCACGCCAUGGACGUGGCCAAGUCCCAGAGCAGCGUCGCCUAUAAGAAAGAUGCCAAAGCCAACCUCCACUACACCACUGUAGUCGACCGUCCUGACAUCAAGAAGGCCACCCAGGCUGCCAGACUUAUCAGUGAGGUCGGCUACCGUGAGAAGGCGCGUGAAGAGGCCAGCCGUGGAGGUUCUCUGGUCCACCGCCCAGACAUCGCUUUGGCAACUAAGGUGUCCAAGCUGACCAGCCAGGUGGAGGCCAAGUCCUCCCUCCAUGGAGCUGCUUCCUAUGAUACCCUCCAGAUGCGCCACAUUAAGAAAAUGAGUGCGGUGACUAGCGAUGUGAAGUACAAGGAAAAGUUUGAUAAGGAGGUGAAAGGAAAGAAACCACAAUAUGACCUGAAGGAGAGUAAGAUUUACAAGACUUUGAAGGAUGCCAAUGUACUGGCUAGUGAGGUGAAGUACAAGGGUGACUUGAAGAAGAUCCACAAACCUGUGACCGACAUGGCUGAGUCUCUGUCCAUGCAGCACAGCCUGAGCACCAGCAAACUGUCCAGCCAAUACCGCUACAAGAAGAAAUUUGAGGAGAGUAAGGGUCACUACCACAUGAUUCCUGACACACCAGAACAGCUCCAUCUCAAGGAGGCCUCUGAGCUUCAGAGUAACGUGAAAUACAAGGAGAAGUAUGAGAGGGAGAAGGGCAAACCCAUGCUGGACUUUGAGACACCCACAUAUGUGACUGCUAAAGAGGCCCAGCACAUGCAGAGCCAGAAAGACUAUAAGAAGGACUUUGAGGAGUCCAUGAGGGGAAAGAACCUCUCAGGCUUGGAGGUCACCCCUGCCAUGAUUCAUGUCAGACAUGCCACCAAAAUAGCCAGUGAGAGAGAGUACAGGAAGGAUCUAGAGGAGGGAGUGAAGGGUAAAGGGCUAACCUUACUGGAGGAAACUCCGGAGCUUUUGAGAGCAAGGAAUGCCACUCAAAUCCUGUGUGAGAGAGAGUACAAAAAGGCGCUGGAGCAGGAGAUCAAGGGCAAGGGAAUGUUGGCUUUGGCUACAGACACUCCAGACUUCAUGAGAGCCAGAAACGCUACUGACAUCCUCAGCCAGACUAAGUACAAGCAGACCGCUGAGAUGGACAGAGCUAGCUACACAACCGUCAUCGACACCCCUGACAUCAUCCACGCUCAGCAGAUGAGGAACAUCGUCAGCCAGAAAAAGUACAAAGAGGAGGCUGAGAAGACCAUGUCUCACUAUGUACCAGUCCUGGACACUCCAGAGAUGCAGAGAGUUCGUGAGAACCAGAAGAACUUCAGCACUAUUCAGUACAAAGAGGAUUUGGGAAGUGGAACAGCUUUGCCCGAGACCCCUGAGAUGGAGAGGGCUAAACGUAACCAGCGCAACAUUAGCACGGUACUCUACAUAGUGACCUGUCCUCAUUCAUUACCUCCCUUCAUAUUCCCUCCAUGAGAGAAUUAAACCUGAUCUGAUAUGGCAUGUAAUCUCUUCAAAUGACCAUUUUCAGUUCAACCUUCACAGAUAUCUUUUUUUUCUUAUCAUUAUUUUAUCUUUGAGAUAUUUUUUAUUUUAUGGAGCCCUGUUUUUUGUUAACUGUGGAACCUUUUUGUUGUAGUUGCUUCUUUGCCCAAUGUCACCUGUAUGAGAUAAAAACGUGUUGUCACAAGACACUAGAUGGCCAAAAGUAUGUGGAAACUGCUGACAAUGUUUAUUGUUUUUCAUUUUGAGUUGUUUUCCAUGGUUUUAGUAGGUCUCUUAUUUCCACGUAAGAGAAAUCUUGAUACGUGGUGAUAAGUGACCAGAGUGUCAGAGACCCAUUCUCCAUGUUUAGCUCCUCUGUAAAGUAGUUUGUCAACCAUUUAUACCUUGAGUAUAAAGGCAGAUCCACCACCAUUAUCACCUUUAGUAAUCUGAGUUUUGGGUUAUGCACAAGCUUUGAGUCAUUUUAGUAUAGAGUGAGAGUAAAUACGUGGCACUCUCCACCAGUCACUUUGAACAGGGGGAGGUGAAAUGUCUUCAAGAACCAAAAAGACGUCCAGUUGCCCUCUCGUGAAACACUGAGGAUUAACCCUCAUCAGUACACCACUUAUCUUAAAUUUUUUUGUUUGUAAGUUGGAUGUUUCAAUCUCUUUAGGUAGUUGUCACCCACAUAGUUACCAUCACAUACACCAAAGCUUUCUUGAUUCCAACCAGGUUUGUGGUGUAUACAAGGGCGUCAGUUUGUUUUUAAAAGUGGGGGGGAUGGAGACCACAGCACUUUGAGAAAAUGUCGAAGAACGGCGGCUAAAUGCCACAAGCUGGGCUCGAACUCACAACCACCGCACCAAAGGCAGAGGGUCAAGCUGUUGAGCUAUUGGUACAGGUGGGUAGAAGGGUCUGUGGGCCGCUAUAGUACUAAUUCUCCCGGGCCGAAAUUUUGCCCCUGCACGCCUCUGGUCGGAGCUUCCACUUGGCACAGGCGCAAAUUUAGCAUCUGCGCAUUUUUUUUUUUUUUUAACCUCACGAAGGUGUGCUGCGUGUCUGUACAACUCUCGGCCAAGUGCGGAUGGUGCGUUCAGGAGCGUCGGAAUUUUCUAUACUACUGAAAAUAACUGGGUUUACAACGGCUUACAUUUGAAGAAUUUGAAUGUGUUGGAGACAAAAUGACCCCUGACAAAAAGUAGGGGGGGCACGUCCCCACCGUCCCCCCCUAAACUGACGCCUAUGGGUGUAUAUAUAUAUAUAUAAAAAAGCAUUUGGGGUCCAUGCAGACCCCAGCCAGACCCAAGCCGGACUGUGCAUCUUUUAUUCAUGUAUGUUUGUGUUAUGUUGCUCUUGUGAUGACUGCUUCAGUUGCAUUGUGUUUCAUUUCAAUUCAGGAGUUUUUACACUAAUAUUGUAAGCAAUACACAUCAGUAAUCAUCAACAGUAAUUUAAUUCUUUCUUUCAUAUUUGUAUCUAUAGAUGACACAUGUUUUAGGAACAUAUAUAUUGAGAGGAUAUGAACAAGUACAGAAAUGUGAAACAGAUUAAAUACUACUGGGGUCCAGCUGUACCCUAAGUGUACUAAUGAGGGUUAAUCACCAUUGGUGGAAAUUACGUUCUUAACAAUAUAUGGGAAUAUUGUUUGGGUAUCCAUAUAUUUUCGGCCAUCUAGUUUAAAGGAUCUUGUUUCCACUAUAAAAUAAUAAUAACAUCUGAUCCCUGGAGUAAUAACCUAAGUCAUCCAUUUCGAAAACAACCACCGACAUGCCAACAUACCGACCUACCACUGAAAAUCAAGAUGAGUAAUAGCCUGUUAUUGUGGAUGGUUCUGAGG